AUGGAAAUUCAGAAAUGCAAAUGUCUAUUGUUCAUAAAGCUCAAGUUAAUUGUAUUUCAUUUUGCACUUGGGAUCCAAAAGAGUCGUUUUCAACUAGUCAUGAUGGAUCUGUCGGAUAUCUAUGGUGACACUGUUAAACAUACUUUUGAUAUUAUUUAUAAAUCAGAACGGAAGUGUAUAAUAGUAGAUCAAAUAUUAAUCACACCACAUGGCACAGUGACUGUGAAAGAAAUCUUCGCAUUGGAAGUGGUACCUAUGUUCUAUGACUGA